CCCACCAUUCUCAUCCGACUGGUAACCACUCUAAUACAUUUGAUCACAGAUCCAAGCACACACCAAAUGUUAGAAUUCUAACACACAGAUUCUAGCAUACAGAUCACAGGAUUACAUAAGACAUUUAAAUUCUAAAGGUAACUCCCUCCACUCUUAUCCAGUUGGUAACCACUCUAAUACCAUUUGUGGAGAUCCGCACUCAACGUGUGAGAUAUUAUUUACUUUGACUCGAAUGUCUUAUGGUUUUUUCUCACACAAGACGCUUCAUAAAUUUGAGUUUAAAUCUUUACAUGUAUAUUAUAGCAGAACCUCAAAAUAUCUUAAUGUGAAAUUGAAGUGUAACAGAAUUUGCUCCUUUCCUUGCCAUUAUUAAACAAUAGAAUUAACAGUAAUCUGUUAUAAUAGAAUAUUAAAACCAUUCUAAUCAUCAUCAUUAACAAAGAUUAAUAAUAAAUAAACAAUGAUCUUUACCAGAUUUAGUGUUUCUCUUUUUAUUGACUUCAGCCCUGUGAAAAUGACCAGGUUUCAAUUUCUUAUUUUCUUUGUACGCUUUAUGAUUGAAGGCAUGUGAAUAUAGAAACAACAUCGCCUCUCUCCCUCCCUCUUCAUAUAAAGUAGCAUUGCCUCCAGAGAAGAAAGCUGGGGUUCUCACAAAUACGCCAAAAACUCCCCACCAGCCACCCACUAAAAUAUCAGUAAAUUUUUUUAUGCUAUGCUUCUUUCUGGUCUGUAUAGUCUCAAUUUCUUUAACUAAAUACAUGCUCCUCCUCCAUUCAUCAUAGCUUGUUUCUCUCAAGAAAUGGAUACCAAAGUUCACGAGGGAAUGGAGAGUGAAAUGAAUGGAAAUGGUGAGCCUGAAAAGGUUAAGAACAACUGGAAGAAACGUGUACUUUGUUUUUAUAGGAAAAUGAAAAGAUUUCCCAGUUGGUUGUGGCAAACCAUUUGGAACGUUGGUCGAGACGACCCCAGAAGGAUGAUUCAUGCUUUCAAGGUUGGGUUGUCUUUGACACUAGUCUCCCUAUUGUAUUUGAUGGAACCAUUGUUCAAAGGGAUUGGAACAAAUGCCAUUUGGGCUGUCAUGACAGUCGUUGUUGUGCUGGAAUUCACCGCAGGAGCAACCUUAUGCAGAGGACUGAAUAGGGGAUUAGGGACAGUGUUGGCAGGAUCAUUGGCAUUUCUCAUUAAGUUUAUUGCAACUAAAUCCGGAAAGGUCUUUCGAGCUGUUUUCAUAGGAGCUGCAGUUUUUCUGAUAGGAGCUGCAGCCACAUACAUGAGGUUCUUUCCCUAUAUAAAGAAAAACUACGACUAUGGUGUUGUGAUAUUCCUCUUGACCUUCAAUUUGAUCACUGUGUCAAGCUACCGUGUCGAAAACGUAUUAAAUAUUGCACAUGAUCGGUUCUACACCAUUGCCAUUGGCUGUGCCAUUUGUCUUUUCGUGAGUCUUCUGGUAUUUCCAAUUUGGUCUGGUGAAGAUCUCCACAACUCCACUGUAGGCAAGCUUGAAGGGCUUGCUAAAUCUAUAGAAGCUUGUGUAAAUGAGUACUUUAAUGAUUCUGAGAUAAAAGAAAACCAAGAUAAAUCAUCAGAGGAUCCCAUCUACAAAGGUUACAAGGCAGUUCUGGAUUCCAAAUCUAUUGAUGAAACUCUGGCACUAUAUGCAAGUUGGGAACCAAGGCAUUCAAGGCACUGUUACAGAUUUCCAUGGCAGCAAUAUGUGAAAGUGGGAGCUGUUCUUCGCCAAUUUGGAUAUACUGUUGUAGCUCUGCACGGAUGCUUGCAAACUGAAAUUCAGACCCCACGAUCAGUCCGUGCCCUCUUCAAAGACCCCUGCAUUAGACUUGCUGGAGAAGUAACCAAAGCGCUAAUGGAACUUGCCAACAGCAUCAGAAAUCGUCGCCAUUGCUCCCCUGAAAUACUCUCCGAUCAUCUUCAUGAAGCCUUGCAAGACCUUAACACUGCCAUAAAAUCCCAACCAAGGCUCUUCCUAGGCUCCAACAAUAACCAGGCCACCAACAUGCUAGCAUUAGAAGCUGCUCAUGCUGCUCGACAUAAGCAAGAAAAGGACCAUGGAGUUUCAUUAUCAAGUGUAAAAACAGACUCAUCCGCAUUGUUGGAAUGGAAAACUAAUAGGGUUAGUGAACAAGCUAAAGAAAAUGAAAGGAAGGUUUUGAGACCACAGUUGAGCAAAACUGUAAUCACUAGCCUCGAGUUCUCAGAAGCACUUCCUUUUGCUGCUUUUGCAUCUUUGCUAGUUGAGAUUGUGGCAAGGCUUGAUAAUGUGAUUGAAGAAGUUGAAGAAUUGGGGAGUAUAGCUUGCUACAAGGAGUUCAAUCCUGAUGAUGAUGAAAUUACUGGGACAUGUGAAAAACCACCAUUGGAUGUCACUAAGAAUCAGCUGCCAUCCCAUGCAUCAGAUUAAAGGGAGACAGGCCUUUUAGGAGAUCAGUUUUCUUAGAUGGGCCUGGUUUGUUUGUCAUAUGAAAAUGUAAGAACAGAUUAUUAGUCUGUUUGUAGAUUGGUUUUCAUUUACCAUGAAGAUUUUAGAUGACAUGAUGCAAGUUGUAGCCAUUGAUCUUUUUGGGUGUGAACUUUUAUUGGGUUGGCUCCAAUAAAUUGUAGU